AUGCCUACCAGGGCUUGGCUGAAGCGCCUUUGGGGGAAAAACCACCGGGCUAACAUCACCAAAGAUGCAACAACUGCUGUGAAUGCGAAUACGAUCCCAGAAUCGCAUAUCCCAAAGUUGGAUCCGGCUAACAUUUCGGUCUUCGUUGCCGCGUCCACCACAGUCCUCGCAAACUCAGACAGUUUAGGGGAACCCAGUUCGAAACAUACUCUAGAAGUUGUUAGCAUACAAAACGAGGCUCCUAAGCCUAUCCAGGACCUGAAUUUGAAUAGCCUCUGGGAUGAAGCAUACGAUGAGCUUCGAAAGGAAGACGCAAAGCUUGUAGACGCCUAUGAGCGAGACCUGCUUGCCAUUCAGGACUUGGAACAGAGAGCACCUGAAGGCGACGAUAGAGAGAUGCAGCUUCAGAAACUACUGAAUUCGAAGCUCCAGGACAUUGAACACUCGCAAAUGAGGAUUUCAAUACAUGGAAAAGAUGUUGUUAUUAAAGAUCAGGUUAGAAAAGUUGUGCACUCGAUCCUUUCGGUGAAGGAUUACAUCGGCACUGUGGCCUCCGUAGAGCCGCAUGCUGCGCUAGUAUGGACGGGAGUAAUGAUUAUUCUUCCAGCCAUUGCAAAUCCAAUCACACAAGAUGACGACGCUAUGGAAGGUCUUGAAUAUAUAUCGGAACUUCUGGUUCGGUGUAAGGUAAUGGAGGACACCUAUCGUGAAAACCUUGCAUGUACGCUUGCAGCCUCAAGCUCAGGCCCGCCAACAUAUCUGGUAGAAUUAAAUGCCUCCUUCAGAGCCCAGGCGAUCAGCAUUUACUCCCAGAUACUGAAAUAUCAAAUAAGCCUAUCCCAGCAAUACGCACGCCGAGGGCUAUUCCGCUUCUUGAGGGACUGUGUAAUUGCCGAUGAUUGGCAGGGUAUGCUAGAAAGCAUAAAAGCCACCGAGGAGGGCAUCGACAAAGUUUUGGAUACACUCGAUAGCAGAGCCUUGAAAAUGAUAGGCGAGCAAAUUGCUAUUCUUCGAGACAACGCGGAUGACGUCUUGAGCGUCUUGCUCGAUACUAAAGCUAGUGUUGAGAAAAUCAACCAGUCACAAUUGCUUGGAAAACUGCAUCGUGUGGAGUAUGCUGCGUUUAAUACAUAUAACAAGGCAGAUCGACCUCCCCCAAUAUGCUUAGAAGGUACCCGGGUUGAUAUUCUCCACGAAAUUCAGCACUGGGGAGAUGGCCAUCGUGAGGAAUGUAUACUUUGGGUUAAAGGACUUGCUGGGACUGGUAAAUCUACCCUCGCUCGCACUAUCGCCCAUCACUUCCACAAAAAAGGGAGACUUGGAGCAAGCUUUUUCUUCUCGAGGGGUAAGAAAGAUCUUGGGGUUGCCACCGCAGUUUUGACGACUAUUGCUGUCCAGCUAGCCGAGGCCUUGCCCGAUUUGAAAAAUGACAUUUGCGAUGUUAUAGAACAACAUGGUGAUAUUGGCCAGCAACCACUAUAUAACCAGUGGAGGAGACUUAUAUUUCAGCCUCUUCUCAGGUUAGAUAGAAAGUUGCUGUUGCCCAUUGUCUUAGUUUUUGUUCUUGACGCACUUGAUGAGUGCGAAGGUGAUGAGCACCUUGGCGAAAUCCUGCAGCUCCUAACCGAGUUGAGAGAGCUGGAAGUUUUGCAGGUGAAAGUGUUCCUAACUAGCAGACCGGAACGAUCAAUCUACGCUAGUUUCCGCGAACUACCCGACAUCGUCCAUCAUGACCUUACUCUUCACUCAGUCCCCAAAGCCGUCAUCGAGAGCGAUAUCUCAAUUUUCCUGAGACACGAACUAGAGAAAGUUAAAAGCAUACGACGUAUCGACGAACGCUGGCCUGGUGAUGAGAGUAUUCAAACUCUCGUUCAAAAGGCCGACCGUCUUUUCAUCUAUGCCGCGACUGUGUGCCGGUUUAUAGGCGAAUCUCGAUUUCCAGAAAAGCGUAUGGAUGAAAUCCUCCACACAGAGGUUAUGAGCCGGUCGUCCACCAGCGAGCUUGACAGAAUGUAUUCGGAAAUUUUAAAUCACAUUCUCGAUGAAGGCAGCCACGAAGACAAGGAAGAUAUGGUGUUUCUGUUCAAGCAAAUAGUUGGAUCUCUCCUCGUCCUCGCCGAGGCCCUUUCAAGAUCUACGCUGACUUCGGUACUUGACCUUUCAUCAACGGAUAUUACGGAAAUACUCGAAUCCCUUCACUCUGUGUUGGAUAUUCCCGAAGAUGAAAAUUUGCCGAUCCAACUGUUCCACCUCUCUUUUCGAGACUUUGUCUUCAGUGAAGAAAGAUGUGCAAACCCUGCAUUCACUAUCAAAGAAGAAGUCGCACAUGGUGGUUUGCUAAGCAAAUGUCUCAAACUCAUGUCAAAACAUCUGAAACAAGAUAUGUGCGACCUUCGACACCCCGGGACCUCCGUUGCUGACGUGGAAAAAAGUACAGUGGAAAAGUUCCUUCCACAAAGUGUUCAGUAUGCUUGUAAACACUGGAUUCGUCAUCUUGACAAAAGCCAGACUAAGCUCAUCGACAAUGGAGAGGUUCACAUCUUCCUCCAGAAGCACCUUCUUCAUUGGAUUGAAGGUCUUAGCCUCAUGGGGAUUAUAUCGGACGGAAUAGUCAUGGUUAGACUUCUAGAGACGUUAGUUAUGCCAAAAUCCGGGGCCAACUCGUCCUUGUUCUCCUUAGUUUACGAUAUGAAAAGAUUUAUCCUGAACUUUAGAUCCGCCAUCGAAAUUUCCCCGUUGCAAAUAUAUUCUUCAGCUCUUGUGUUUAGUCCGAAAAAAAGCAUAAUCCGCCAGCAAUUCUGGGACCACCUCCCCCCCUGGAUAACGGACGUUGUUUCAGGCGAGGAGGAUUGGAGCCCUUCCCUGCUAACACUCGAGCAUUCGCGUGCGAUCGACGAACUAUUCUUUUCUCCCGAUGGCCAGCUUCUUAUUUCGUCGGAUAUUGACACGGCUAAGGCAUGGGAUACAAUGACUGGCGCUUUUCGAAGUGCCUUUCCCGAUGUUUCGCAAAGUUACUUUGCUGGAGGGACAAAGAAACGGAAAGUGGCACUGUCACCCGACGGCAAAUUCCUCGCUAGCACAUCUGCUUUCGAUGAUAAGAUCAGAAUUUGGGAUUCAAAGAGAGCUGUCAUUCACUCCACUCUUGAAGGUCACGUAGGCCGUGUUAGUUGGAUCGCGUUUUCACCCGAUGGUGAGUAUAUCGCAUCGACAUCUGUGGACAAAAGCAUGCGGCUAUGGGAAGUAAAAUCAGGUCACUCGAAAAUCCUUUUCCGUGAGGAAUCUAAUUUGUCAUUUGAAAAAGCUCAAGCCUUUUCUUUUGAAACCCUAGGUAACAGAAUAACGUUCUCUCCAAACGGUGAAUUCAUUGCUGGAUACAGAGAUGACCAUGACGAUCAUCAAGUUCGGCUCUGGGAUGCGAAAACAAACUGUUCCCUUGGAACCCUCACUCAUUCACACUGUAUUCUAACACUGGAAUUCUCUCAUGAUGGAAAUUGCAUUGCAUCCUCAUCCUUGGAUGGUGCGGUAAGGAUAUGGGAUCCACGCACGGCAACCCUCUGCGGAAUUCUUACGCAAGUCAGAUCAGGGUAUCCAUCUUGGAUGUCGCCGUUUGCCUUUUCGCCGGAUGGCCAAUCAAUUGCGUGUAUAUCACAUGGAUCAAUCGAAGUAUGGGAUGUGAAGACAUUAUCUCUAUACGGUUCCAUUGGAGACAAUACUCAGGUAGUAACAACAUGUAUGGCUUUUUCUCCAGACAGCAAGUUGCUUGUGACAGCUUCAGGGAGAUACUUGAAGCUUUGGGAUCCGCAAACCAAAACUCUACGUGGAAUUCUUGCGGGGCAUACAUCGAACGAUACGAUCAAUGUUGACAUUCUUGAUAUUAAUGAAACUCACAUUUCUGAGCUGAAAUUUAUGGGCAAUGGGCAUUAUGUCGUUUCCUAUUCGACCGAUGAAACAACUGAAUUAUGGGACCCGUCAACGGGCAUCUCAACGUUCACUAUUCCUGAUUUUGUGGAUUUUCGUGAUAAAGUGGAGUUCUCACCUGCAAAUAACCUUCUCGCUUACACGGACGAUGAUACGAUACAUCUUUGGAAAUAUGGUAACCGGGAAAUUCUAUGGCAGCCUCGUGGCGACGGAUAG